AUGGUGAAAAUAUUUGUAGGCAAUCUAGCCACAAGCACCACAGAGGAAGAGCUGCGUAGCCUCUUCACCCAGUAUGGUAAGAUCUCAGAAUGCGACAUCCUUAAGAACUACGGUUUCGUCCACAUGAGCAGUCAGACUGAGGCCGAGGAGGCUAUCCGUAACCUCCACCACUAUGAGCUGAACGGUGAAGCCAUGAAUGUGGAGAUGAGCAAACGGAGGCCAAAGUCCACCACCAAACUGCAUGUCAGUAACAUCCCGGAAGACUGCAGCAGUGUGGACCUGAAGGCCAAGUUUGAGGAGUACGGCCCUGUGGUGGAGUGUGACAUAGUGAAGGACUACGCCUUUGUGCACAUGGAGUGUGUGGAUGAUGCUAUGGAGGCCAUCAGCAAACUGGACAACACGGCCUUCCAAGGUGUUUAUUCGAGUCGUUGGACUUUUCAUUUCCCCUCCAUCCUCCGAGCUGCGUGGUUCCUCCCAGCCGCGUGACGUGCCGCAAAUAAACAAACCUUUCAUGGUUCCAACUCUGAAAUGUGACUUCGUGAGACAACUUUGGGUGGAAAAUGGCGUUCAUCAUCUUCCUGGCACCUGUGUGUGUUCAGUGGCCUGCAGAUAAAUGGUCUUCUCAACUAACGAAUCAAUCCAUCUUCUCAAAUGUCCUUUCUCUAUUUUACUUUUUUUUUUCCCUGUUAUAUGGGCGUUGCUAUUUUGAACCUCCAUUAGUGUGGUGAUAAUACGGUGUGAUGUUUAAACUAGCUUGCUCUACAGGCUUUCCAGUAGGUGUUAUCAUGGGAUGUCAGUUUUGAUUUGAAACCUGUGUAUUUUUCUCCCUCACGCGCUGCAUCUCCUAGACAUCCCCUAAAGCAGAUUGUUGUAGUACAUUUGUCUGAAAGGGGUAGUUUUGGAGAUUUGAUACUAGCAAUAUCUUCUUGCUGUUAUUUCAGUUGUACAAUUAUUCAUCUUGGUUAUGUUAUUGAGAGCCCAGUAAAUGUUAUUUCAGUGUUGAUUUGGCCCUCAAAAACACAUUUUAUAUAAAAGUCUAGCAAUGGCACCAAGUAAAAUGUCACGUGAAAUUUAGUUUUGAGCAUAUUCGGUGUGAGUAUCCAUCUGGCAUCACUCUUUGUUUUAUCAUACUGCUUCUGAAUUGAUAUAAUCCCACAACAUACAUUCCAGCUUUUAGAUCUAUAAUGGCAUUUUAAAGGGUGAUUUACAAUAUUACCCAAAUCAUUUGGUUGAUUAACCAUCUUGACAAGAGUUUUAAAAAUGCAAUCAAGCGAAAGAGCAUUUAGUUUGUAUGAGGUUCCAUCGUGCAUCAAAGUCAACACAAAAAGCGAUUCUGAAGUGUAGUUGUCUGUUUGAAGUAUCAGCAGGGCCUUAAAUUAUCCAUUUAUACCCCCCCGCCUCUUGUCAAUUAGUCCAUCAAAAGUGCUUCGGGCCGCGUCUACUAUCUUAACUCGUAACUCAGGUCUUUUACAUCACCAUUGAAUGACAGGUUGCUUGUGUUAUCAAUUUUGGGGUGCCUUUGUGAGCCCAUUGGGAUUUGUUGUAGUUUGUACUUCCAACACAGUCAAAGCGUGUAUGUCUAAUGCAUUUUUAUUUUUAAUAAACCGAAAGUUAUUUUGGUGACCUCUU